GUGGAAUGUCAUCCUUACUUCAACCAGAGAAAACUGCUGGAUUUCUGCAAGUCAAAAGACAUUGUUCUGGUGGCCUAUAGUGCUCUGGGAUCCCAUCGAGAAGAACAAUGGGUGGACCAGAACUCCCCGGUUCUCUUGGAGGACCCAGUCCUUUGUGCCUUGGCAAAAAAGCACAAGCGAACCCCAGCCCUGAUUGCCCUGCGCUACCACCUGCAGCGCGGGGUUGUGGUCCUGGCCAAGAGCUUCAGUGAGCAGCGAAUCAGAGAGAACAUGAAAGUGAGGAGCCGGGCUGUGGGCCUCAGGGCUGCUGCACAGUGUCCUUCACACACGUACUUCUUGUAAGGCUCUCAGGACACCCUUGGGCCAGCUCCAUUUCCCUGUAUUUCCUAUGCAUGAACUCUUUGUGUACAUCACAAGGAUUUCUUCUGCUCUGACACAGGAGAGGCAACACAGGUGGAGAGAAAUAGGAUGGGAUCAAAACCAGAGAUUUGAAUUAGCAUUAAGUCAGAGAUAUCCAUACCCCUCUGCUAGGGAUAUGUCUUUUUUUUUAUUUUCUGUAAUGAGGUGUUUGAUUAGAUGUUUUUUAGUCUCCAAAUCAUCGUGAAAUUUUUUUUGUAUAUUUAUGUAGUAUUAAUUCCUUAUAUUUAUUCUCUUAGAAUUUUGUCUUUGUGAAUUGUUUGUUUAACUCUGCCUUUUUUUUAUGAGGUGGUUGUUCAUCUUUAUUUUUAUGUGUAGGAGACCAUAUUUAUUCCAACAUCUAAGGUUAUAAGCCUAACCCAGUUAACACAAAGGCUUAAUGCAAAAGCGUUUGUUGAGCUCAAGAUUCCAUGGUUAGAAAAUUUGCCUGGGCUCAGCCUGAACUCAGUCCAGUCCUUCUGUUCUUAGCCGGGCUCUCAUGUGCAUGUGGCGCAGUGAGGCAGCUCUGCUUCAGGAUGUCCAUGGGGCAUCUGUCUGAGCGCCCCCUUCUCCC